AUGACUACCGUGACGACUUUAUUUGCAGGGCCAGGGACACUGCAAUGCGGUCCCCGCUACGGCAACCAAAGCAUAAUAUUCCACUACGUGAUCGACGGCACAAUCCGAACUCUGUCCAGCACCAAUCAGCCCGCCCAAGAAUCAUACAAGGGCCAACUAUUCGUGCCCAGACUCGAAACCGACGACGUCUGCACCAACAUCACCGCCCCAUUCGUCCCCUCAAACACUACCAGGAGAAACGACUUCCCACCCUUUGACCACCACCACCACAACAACAACAUUGGCCUUGCGCCGUGGAUAACCCCGGAAUGUGCGCAGGCUUAUCUUGCUGCGUCGCGGCGCGAUGAUGCGCGUGCGCUCAUCUUCUAUGAGCCGCAGAGCAAGGAUUCGGGGAAGCCGCCGCCAUCAGAUAAUGCGCUUUGGGACCUGGGUGAUGGCGGCCAGUGGAAGAAGGAUAAUCAGUAUCCUGUCUAUGCGGUUCCGGGGCCGGCGGGGUCGCAUUUGAUGCAUCAACUUUCGCAGUACUCGGGACGUCUGGGCUGGGAUAAUCGUGAUGGUUAUAAUAGGAGUAAUGGGACUCUGACGACAGAGGCGCAAGUUCAAGAGAAUUGUACUCGGCUUUAUGCUCUUCUCGAUCUGGAACCGGAACAAUCAUCCAGCGUGCCGGGAGUAUGGGUCUUCGUGCUCGCAAUCCUAGGCGCCAUCGUGCUGAUGAUGGCAUUUGCGUUUUUCACCAUGCAGCAUGUCAAGAAGAGGAGACGCGAGGGCUUGCAGCGACGUGUCGUGGCCGGCGAGGUUGAUCUGGAGUAUUUGGGGAUUAAGCGGCUUGUUGUCCCUCCACAGCUGCUUUGCCAGUUGCCAGUUUACGUCUAUCCAGACGAGCAUGACAGUAAGGGUGACGGAGGCAAAGAAAGAGAAACAGAUAAGAAACCCCAACAAGACGAGAGCGAAAGCGAAAACGAAAACGAAAGCAUAUCCGCCAUUCUCGAAGAAAUCAUGCCCAAACUCCAGCCACCGCCGCGAGCAGCAGCAGCUUAUCAGAAAGGGAACCAGCACAGACUUACAUUCUCCCAGCGCACCUGCGCCAUCUGCCUCGACGACUUUGUACCGGGAACAUCCCUCGUGCGCGAACUGCCCUGCACACACAUCUUUCACCCGGAAUGCGUAGAUGUAUUCCUCAUGCGCGACGGCAGCACGUGUCCCGUGUGCAAGCACAACGUCCUCCCGCCGUCGUUCGUUGAGUACCAAGUGCGCAAUCUGAUGGCACAACACAGUCAACAAUAUCAUACUACUAGUAGUAGUAGAAGCCAUAGUCACUAUCAUCACCGCAGCCCCAUGCACGAAACGCAAUUGCCCGAUUUGCCAUUCCCGGUUCCUUCUGCGCGGCGUAUUAUGAGCAGGUUGGGCGCGUGGAUGCGCUUGACUAGUAGCAGCAAUGAUGAAGCACGGAUUAGUACGACUGCUGCUCCUGAGCAGGGAGAAGAUGCUGUCCAGCAACAUGAGAGCUACGACCCUGUGCGGAGGGAAAUGAUGCAAAGGAGGGCUAUGGUGUUGCUGGGGAGGCCUGUUGGUGAUCAUCCGGGGGAAUAG